UCACAGAAAUUUUCAAAAGUAAAUUGAAAUUGACAGAGUGUAAAUGUAUUAAAAAUUAAGAAAUGUAAUGCUAAAUAGAAAACAUGAAAGAUACGAGGGGUGCUUGCCUAACAGAGAAAGCCUUUAUAAACUACCACAAAAAAUACGACUUGUACGCAAGUAGAACAGUCGUUUACGAUAGCGAUUCAGCUGAUUGCGAGGUAUAUAAGGACUUCUCGUGUCAAUAUGAUUCUAAAAGGGAUAAUGUAAUAUGUACUUGUAAGAGAAGUAGAAAUACUUCUCAUAGGAAGACUCGGAAGGCACUAAGGGCUCCAGACAGGUAUAGUGCAAGUUGGAGACCUAGAAGCAACACUGACAUAGCUGUGGGCAGUGUCAAAGCUUCGAGGAGACGAACCAGAAGAAUCUACCUCCCUGAAACACGUGAAAGAGGAGUUGAGUGUUUGAAUCCAUUCCAGUUUACGACUCGACGCAAUGAAAACAAUGUGGAUAGUUACUGCGAACAGACGAAAACUUCUUCUAAAUGCGUAGGCAGUGCUAUCGCCUUAUCGAAAAAAGUCGGCAUUUGUGAAAAACUAUCACCUUUCGUCCACACAAAAUCAGGCACGACAAGUCCAGUGAACUUUAUUCAUGAAAGCAACGACGAAAAGCAAAAGUGUGAUAGUGCAUUGAGAGUAAAUUGUCGCGUACCUAUAAUUGAAGAAUUUGCAAACGUCAAAGAGAAAUCCAUUGAAGGUAUUAAAAAAGGACCAAUAUCUGGUCAGAAAGAGGAAAUUUUGCAAAAUAACAAAGCAUCGCCAAAGUCGGAGACUAAGACACAACAUGUUGAAACUAUGAACGAUUUAAAAGAUUUUUCCUCAGAUUCAUUGGUGCAACAUAUUCAUGAUUUAGAGUUUCCAAGCUUUGACAAACACAGUAGGACAUCUAUUGAUAUUAUAGAAAACGAGAUUGAAAGAGAAUAUAUAAAUAUGUUCGCGUCUAAAAAAGAGUCACCUGCACCUGUAGCUGAAAAGAUACCGCCUAAUUUAAAAAGUUCUUCAGUUUUGAAACGGCGAUUCGAGGCUCUCAGAAGGGGCUUUCAAAAGAAACAGGAUGCCUGUAAUCAUACAAUAGUGGAAAACCUUGCUGCACAGGAGAGUACACAGAGUCAUAAAGAUGUUUCUAUAGCUUCCGAUCCUCCGUCUUUAGAAGCGAGAUCAUAUUCAAAAACGAAAAUAUAUAGUCCAUAUGUAUCCUUUAUACACCCUUACAAGUUCGAAAGAAGUACCACGGACACAAAUAAGCGUAGUCAAAUAAGUAAAACAUAUGAUGUAGUCUUGUCCAACGACGUUAUUGAUAAUGAACAAAAGGGCGUUAAGGGUAUGUUUAACUUAUGGGGGAAAAAAUUUAACUUAGAAAAUGAUAAUUCCAAAGAACCAUGCCCAAAUGCUUUAGUUCUACAAAAAGAAACCGAUAAACAAACAAAAAAGGUAGAGAUAGUUGAACCAAAGAGAAAAAAUGAUGAAGAUAAAAAAUGUGACAAAAAAGGUGUGAAAAAAUUUUCAUUCUUCAAAAAACGAACCAGAGAAAAAGCUAAAGAGGUUUUCCAACCAAAUGUGACUACAGGUAGAUGUGAAGUUAAAGAUGGUCUCACAAUAAAAAUAAAUGGUAUUACUACUAAAGAUAUAUCACCACCGAAUAGCGAUAAAUGUAACACAUUACCAGAUAAUUAUAAUAGUAUACUUUGUAAAACAUGGCUCAAACAGUUCUUGACAAAUAAUGUGGACUCCUGUAAAAGCGUUCAACUAAGAUGGAAUAAUGAAAUGUACAGCAGAAGUAGUAGUACUGUCUCUGAACUACUGGAAUGUGUUUAUAGAAACACCAACUUAGUUAUAACAUCCUCAUCAACUACCGACAGCACAACUGUCUCGUCAAGUUAUUUCCGGAACAAUAAAACACGAGUUAAGUUCAUGCCAAAACAAGUUGAGGCUUGGAUGAUUCCUAAAACCAUUUUUGACACUCAAUUUAAAACCGUCGACUUGUUAACAAAAAGUACAAAAGGCAAAAGAAUUAGCCGUGACAAUAUCAAGGUUUCAUAUUCUGGCAAGAAAUGGGUUAUUAAUAAAUUUGCUGACGGAAGCAAAAUGGAAAUUGUAUUGAAUUCCAAAAAUUUUGUGAGCUCAUGUAAAGAUGAAAGUUCAGAAUAUAUUUUUAUAGAUAUUUCAAAAGGGUUUCUCUCAGACGCUAAUAAUGAACAAUCAAGCGACGAAGAAGUUUAUAAAAUAACAGAUUAUGAGUCCCCAUGUUCGAAUACUUAUUUAUAUAAACAUAAAAAUAAUGGUUUUGAGAUUGGAGAUCACGUUUCUAAUAAUAUACAAGUCUCACGAACAAAGGACAAUAAACAGGCCGAGUCAAUAGACAAUACUAAAAAUAAAAGGCCACCUUUGCGCAGAGAUGUCGUUAUUCAAGGGAGUCAAGUUUAUAUUGGAAUAAUAACGCAAAGGGAUAUUAUGCGUGAUAUAAAGAAGCCAAUCCUCCAGAUACAUGAUGAUAUUUUGGAUGAAGAGUCGAGUCAUGGUUUUGAAUCAGUUCGUAAAUGUCCGUUAGCAGAGUCAUAUCUUCAGGAUUAUUACCGUGAUUGUAUACCCAUGGGAAUGGACCUCUUUUCAUGUUGCGCCAGUGAUUCACAAGUCAAGUGUUCUUUUAUUAAUAACUCUCUAAAUAGUCUAAACAACCAAGGUGACGGUUCAAAAUCAUGUCCAAAUAUUUAUGACGAAUAUGGAGCGUCAAAUAUCGUAUUAUCUUGUGGAAAUUCAUCUUGCAGUCAAUGUAUGGUUAUCAAUGAAGUGAGGAAUACUGAGGAAAAAAAGGCCAGUUAUUUCGGUAAACUUACAGGAAAGACGACAGAAAUCAACACUGAUAAACGAAUUUUACCAAAAGACUCUAUAGAAGUUUUCAAAAGGAGGAAAAUUUACUCUAAAAGUCAUAAGUCAUGUUGGAAUAGUCCUGAAUUUUGUUCAAAGACAGAUAAAGCUUCAAGCCUUGAGAAACUAAAACCAACAUUAAUAGAAUGUUCGAAAUCUGUAAAUGAAUGUUUGAAACCACCUAUUCAAAGGAAUAAAAAAUGUUGCAAGAAACGUGUUAUGCUUCCAGAUUGUGAAGAACUGAGGCUUAACACUAAAGAAAGUUUACUUAAUAAUAAAAAAUUGGAGGGCAUUUUAUCUUUCAAGGGUUCUACUGAGGAUGAUUCGUACGGAAAUCAAAAUAAACAAACGCGAGUAACAACUGAGUCCAAUGUCGAAAUACCACAGGCACCAUGUCAGAAAUCAUGUCUUUCCGAAAAGUCACCACCUUGUUCAAAGAAAAAUUCACCCAGCUGUGUUCCGAAACCAAGAGAUAGUCCGAAAAGUCCUGUAGCUUCUCAAAAUAUGCCCUUUUUGCCUCCCGUUCAGCAAAACUCUUGUCGACGUUGUUGUCAAGGACAAAUAAUUAAAAAAAAAUGUUCAAUUGAAAUCAAAACACAAUGCCCAUAUAAUCCCAAGCCCCAGUCUUCAGGCCCAUGCAGAACAUCUUCCCAAAGCAUAUGCAGCCCAAAGCCUUGUAUGAAACCGAGUGAAAUACCUCCAAAAACCACAAAAGGGUGUAGCCCCUCAAUUUCACCUCAAACGCGGUGCCCUCAUAUAGAACAAUGUCCUAAUAAAACCAAGCUACAGCCUACCAGACCCUGUUUGACUUCUCCGAAAAUUUCUGCAACAUCUUCUCAAAUAAUUUUCUGUCCAAAACAGUCAAGUUCUCCGAAACCCUGUCCAAAGUGUCUCAAAACUACAAAUGACAGUAGUCCUGCAAGAUCGCCUCAACACGGUUGCACUCUUAUUCCAGAAAAAUGUCCUCCUGAUGCCAAGCUGCAGUCUUUAAGACCCUGGUCGGUUUCUCCGCCACUAUCUGUUACAUCUUCGCAGGGAAAUUGUUGCCAGAAACAGGCACCUUGUCCGAAACCCCUUCAAACUCAUCCAAAAACCACAAAAGUAUGUAGUCCCUCAAGAUCGCCAAAAAAUGAUUGUCCUCAUAAGCGAGUACAGUGCCCUAUCGCUCCAAAUCUUCAGUCUUUUAGACCCUGCUCAACUUUACCGCCACUUUCAGCAACUUCUUCUAGAAGAAGUUGCUGCUCUACACAACCACCGUGUCCGAACCUUCGUAAGCCUACUCCCAAAACGACAAAAAGGAAUGGUCACUCAAAAUCACCCCAAGGUAGCAGUAUCCGCAUUCCAAGACAGUGCCCUUAUGAUCCCAAACCCCAACCAAAUUUUGCAACAGCUUCACAAACGAGUCCAAUUGAAAACACGUCUUGUACAAAAUGCCAACAUUGUUGUACACAUACAUCUAAUGAUUUGGCAAAAAUUAAACAAAAGUUAUCGGACACUUUUAAAAAAAUAUGUAAUAAGCUAUCAUCAUAUUAUAUAUCAAGAGGAGAUCAGUCGCGGUCAACAAAAAUUCCUUGUCCAUCUACACCACCUUCAGUUUCCUGUCCUGAUCUAGGUUUACAACAAAAAUGUUGCAGUCAGAAUAAAAUAUUAGGAUUGAAAUUAACGAAAACACCAAAGCCAAAUUCAUCUGGUGUCAAAAAAAUUAAUGCGUGUGACAAAUGUAGAGUUAUUCGUUUGAAUUCUACGGAGAAAAUUACUAUUAAUAUAAAAGACCGAACUCCAAGUACAGAGGAAAUUAGAAAUAACUUUGACAUAAAAGUUCAAGAUGAUGACGGUAUUACGCUUUUUGAGCGUAAAGACUAUCACACGUCAUAUAAACAUAAUACCGCUCAAACAAAUGUUAUUCAGGAUUUGUAUAGAGAUUCCUACAUUCACAGAUUGUCUACACCAAAUAUUUUAAACAAUGCAGUUGUAAAUAGCAAUGUUUUUGAAAUGCAAAAUAAGUGCUCAGACUUAAUAGAAAUUAAUUUAUCUAUAAAAUUAAAACAAGCUGAUAAGACUGCACCUUUAAAUGACAAUAACCAUACAAUUUAUCCAAAAGGAGACCUCAUAUCAGAUAUAGCACUAGAAAAGUCUAAAGAAGUAUUUGUUGUAAAAGACCAAUGCAAGGAAGAAAUUGAAAAUAAUGAUAAUAAUGAUAUAAACAUCAAUAUAAUAAUUAAAAAUUCUAAAGCAAAUGAAAAGAACACUUAUAUUUCAUCAAAAAAGAAGCAUCAACCGAAAGAUACAGACAACAUAUCUAUAGUCAAUUUAGAUCCAUUAACUAGAAAAAUCUCUGAAAAAUUUCAAACAGAUUCAACAGGUUAUAAAGACGUAAUAAGCCAAGCAUAUUCUGUCAAAACAAGUCAUACAGACUUGAAAAAUGAAGAAAAAGAGGAAGAAUUAAAAAAACCCUCAUAUAAAGACUUAUUAAGACCCGAUGAAACUCUAUUAACUGUAUCUUCUAUCAGUAUAACUGAACGCACUGCAACUGAAGAUACACUUAGUUCCUUUAAAACAAAUGACGAAAACAUUGAUAAAAUAGACAAAAGUGAAAAGUUUGGCAAAAGUAGUGACACCAUAUCAAAAUUAGAAGAAAUCAACAAUGAAAAAUCAGAACUCGCUUUAACUGAUAUAGAAAAAAAUAGAUACAAAUGUGUAGCUAAAAUCCCAUACAGCUAUAAGGAAAAAAAAGAUAUGCUUAUUAAAUUAAUGGAACAGACCUCAAAAAUUAAGAAACCACAAAAUAGCGCUGCAAUGAAAGAAAUUCGUGAAAGGAUGCAUGAAAUACUAGCUUCCGGUAGCAGUUGCAACGAAAACGUCUCUGAAAGAGAUAACAAAUCAAUAGAGGAAUUAGCAGAUGUAAAACCCGACAUUUUCAAGCAUUCGGACAGUCUUCAAAAUCUACAGAAUGCAGGAAAUUCAAUAUCAGAAGUGGAUAUUGGCAAAGCUACAAGCGCAGAAUUGGUUUACCCAUCAGAAGAAAAUAGUAACGAGAAUAGUGAUGAAACCGAAGAAUCAGAGGGAAAAAAUCAACAUUGUAUGUGUCGUGCUAUGGCGGCCAGGUUGCAGUUUAACGCACCUGGUGCUAAGCCUUGCUGCUGUGGAGUUAGUAUUGGAAAGGACAAAGAAAUACUCUGUGAUUUAAUCAACUCAAAUAAAUCGUACCUGAUUGAUAUGAAGACGAACUAUGUGGACGUUGAAACGCAAAAUUCAAAAUAUAGUAAUAGCAUUAAGCAGCAUAGCAUAAGGCAGACGAUAUUAAUGACCAAUGUAUCUGCUAUGGUACAGAUAAAGUCUGGUGAGAUAAAACGAGACACAUUUGAUGGAUUUGAUUUAACAUCUGAAGCGGUCUCUACCGGAUCUGUAAAACCUUUUUCUACUGGUUUAAGAGAAAAUGAUAUAAGUUGCCUGGCCAAUAUCCUACAGUCAAAUGAAACUAAGAGAGCAGUUCUGAAGAUUUAUGCUGAAAAGAAAUAUACAGAGUCAGGGCCGCAUAUAGUUGCAAAAUUACCUAAGUUUACUGUAAACAAAGAGAGCGAAAUUUUUCAAGAGAUCAAAGGGCAUAAGCGGAUUGAAAAGAGAAAUAUUAUGCUUUGUGUAGACUGAUUGCGUUGCAUGUUGUGUUGGGACAUGGCAUGUUUUUGCAGGGAUUUUUAUAAUUUUCGGUUUGUUUAUGUUUUACAAUCUGUUUAAAAUGAAUAAUGCUUGAAUUUGAAGUCAUAUUUUAUGUGUAUUUAUAAAUUGGUAAAUGUCCUGUUUUUGGUUUUAAAUAAAUACAAUAAAUUCUGUGAAA